AGUCAGUGUGAUAUGUUAUAUAAAGCAAGAAAAAAAAAUAGAAAUCAAAUUGUAGAAAAUGACUCUGUCGAUGGAGAAAUGGGUUGGUAAAGUGGCUAUUGUAACUGGAGCUAGUGCUGGAAUUGGUGUUUCAAUUGCGGAAAAGUUAGUGGAACAUGGAGUGCAAGUGGUUGGAUUGGCUCGUCGUAAGGCAUUAAUGGAAGAGCAUAAAAAUCGCUGGAAGAGUAAAAAAGGGUCUUUCCAUCCGGUUCAAUGUGACAUCAGGAAGGAGUCUGACAUUCUAAACGCUUUCGACUGGAUAAAGAAAAAUCUAGGCCCAGUGUCGGUACUUAUUAAUAACGCUGGCAUAGUAGGCGCUACAACUUUAAUAAAUGGUGAUGCUGCAAUAUGGAAAGACAUUUUGGACACCAACGUUUUAGGUUUAUGUAUCGCCACAAAGGAGGCAAUAAAUCAUAUGAGAGAGGGCAAAAUUGAUGGACACAUAAUCCAUAUUAACAGUAUUGCAGGUUUUAUGAUACCAUUUCAUCCUAAUUCAAACGUAUAUCCUGCCUCAAAACACGCAGUUACUGCAUUGGUGGAGACUUUGAGAAGGGAGCUCAACCUGAUCAAGUCUAAAAUUAAAAUAAGCGAUAUCAGUCCGGGGUUAGUAAAUAGCGAGAUAGCAGAUGUAUUGCCUAGUGAUUCCUUUUUAGCUAAGGCUAUAGCUAAUCCUACCAACUUACGACCUGAAGAUAUAGCUGACGCUGUUAUAUAUAUUUUAUCUACACCUCCUCACGUACAGAUUCACGAACUGGUUAUAAAGCCUGUCAACGAAGCUUGGUAAAACUAUUUAAGGAACAUACAAAUUGUCUAUUUCUAACCGUAGUUUAUAAUAAAGCUUUUAUAAAAUAA